AUGGGUGUCGAAGAAUCUGUUUAUCUGGCAAAGCUCGCUGAGCAAGCCGAACGAUAUGAGGAGAUGGUGGAGAACAUGAAGGUUGUCGCAUCGGCAGAUCAAGAACUCACGGUUGAAGAACGAAACCUGCUCUCGGUUGCAUACAAGAACGUUAUCGGUGCUCGCCGCGCCUCAUGGAGAAUUGUAACUUCGAUCGAGCAGAAGGAAGAGUCGAAAGGAAACGAAGCUCAAGUCACACUCAUCAAGGAAUAUCGUCAAGCAAUCGAGGCCGAGCUUGCUAAGAUUUGCGAGGACAUUCUGGAGGUUUUGGACAAGCAUCUGAUUGCGUCUGCUCAGACUGGGGAGUCCAAGGUCUUCUACCACAAGAUGAAGGGAGACUACCACCGCUACCUGGCCGAAUUCGCUCUUGGCGACAAACGCAAGGCAUCUGCCGACAAAUCUCUUGAGGCCUACAAGAAUGCCACCGAAGUCGCUCAGACUGACCUUGCCCCCACGCAUCCAAUCCGUCUUGGUCUCGCCCUGAAUUUCUCUGUCUUCUACUAUGAGAUUCUCAAUUCCCCUGAUCAGGCGUGCCAUCUUGCCAAGCAGGCUUUUGAUGAUGCCAUCGCGGAGCUAGACACCCUUAGUGAGGAAAGCUACAAGGACUCAACCCUGAUCAUGCAAUUGCUGAGGGAUAACCUGACUCUCUGGACUUCAUCCGAGGCUGAGCCGCAAGGUGAAAGUGGACCAUCCGCUGGCGAGUCAAAGGAAGCCGAAGGUGCUGCUCCAGUACCUGAGGUAGAGAAGACCGCAGAAUAG